AUUAAGCUACUUCCCGGACGUGGACCGCUUUCGACGAUAUAUCUAUUUACAAUAUACUAAUAAGCAGCUUAGGAAGGACUUACUGUCGAUGUGUGCAGCCUGGCUGAUGUCGGAGGCGAGGGGGCGGAGCCUGCUCGUGUUGUGUGUGUGUGGCAGAGGCCGAGGGUCCCGCAGGCCGCUCCAACGGCUUCUCCCUUAUCGAGGAUCCGUAGUACGUUUAAUCCCGAUAGAUCUCGCAAGUCUGGGAAAGUAUGGCACAAUGCAACAAAAAUAGACUCGCUGACAGAAGUUGGCCUGCGCAGAGGCACAGGUGGCUUGCCUGAGGCCCAAACUUACAGAGGGCACCAGUCAGUGGUCUUCUCCAGCCCGCUACGCAACCCGCCACCGCCACCUCCGCCGCCGCCGCCGCUUCGACCUCGCCGCCGCUCUUCCGACGGGUUUCCUCGCCUCAUUUCAGCGUCGCGAUAAGCACAUAGGCUAACUGAUACGGAACUCUGUCGCCGGGCCGGAGGAAGAGAACCGAGUGAGUGUCUCAGCGUGAAGCUCGAAAGCUUUGAAAGUCCGAAGCACACCGACUGAACCUUCGGCGACACUUCGUAAAACUCGUACCUCAGUGCCAGCGCUCGUCGACCGAGUGAGGAGCAGUACGUUUGUGUCGUAGCCCGUUCCGCGUAGGCCUCAAGCUGGCCUACCCAAACCAACACAAACCUUCUACAUCCGUUAUGAACGGAUACCAACACCCAGGAAUCAGCAUGCAUAAGGGAUACGCAUUCGUCCAGUUCACCAACCCCUUCGACGCCCGCUCUGCCUGCAUGGGCGAAGAUGGGCGGAGCGUGUUCGGUCAGAUCCUGGGGAGCAGUUCUACGACAGUUACAACGCCGGCACUGCCCUGGGUGCAGGUGGAGCGCGCCUGACGCCGCCCCUGAAGCGACCCCGGCUCAUGGUCCCCAGCAUGCGCCAGCAGCCCCGCGCUCAGUCCCCGAAGAAGGUCGUUUCCCCCGGCCUGGAGGAUCUCAAGACGUACAGUAAGUACACCUCCAGUGUGUGCUGCCAACAAUCGCCACGACUCUCGACCUAUAGGGGCAGCCCUGAUAUCCUGAUCUGUGGUAACUGCCGGGAACUCUUCUCCAAUCUAAGUGAUUUCAUCGACCACCGACGCAGUUAUUGCAAACUCAGGUUCACGUGCAAGUGUUCGUCACACAACGGCUCCCUCCGGAGCGAGGAGAGCGCGUCCCUCAUGUGCGCCCUCUGCAAGGAAAGCUUCGCCUCCGCCUGGGACCUCAUGGUGCACGCCCAGGCCGCCCACAUGGUCAACAUCUACCAGCUAGGAUCCAAGGACGCCGGACAGGACAGCGCCGCGUGCAGCACCGCGGGCGAGAGCACAGCGGGAAGCACAGCCGGCAGCGACGUGGGCGUGGAUAUGGGCGGCGUUGACAUGACCGGCGAAGCGGGCGGGGAGGCAAGCGACUCCAACCAGACAGAGGAAGAACCACGCACGGAGCUCCCCAAGGAGAACGGCGUGGGCGCGGGCGAGGAGGCCGAAGGCGCCAGCGACCUCAUGAACGGCGCCUCCCCCCCGACGCGGCAGUCGGAGGCGGUGGCGACGCAGUGAGGCCCCUCCGCCGACCGCCUCACCGACCGACCGACCAACCACACCUGCACCAGCCCCCAACUCCACCUCUCCACCUCCUCCACCUCGACCUCCUCCACCUCCGACACCUCCUCCACCCCAACCACACCACCACAACCACAACAAGCGAGACGACAGCUCUCUGUUGGCCGCAACACCUCGUGGACGAAAUGAAACAAGAGCGAAAGGAAGGAAGAAAGAAAAGUUAAAAAGUCGAGUUUUCAACGACGCUGACUGCUGUUGGAUGCAAUCUUAGCAAUGUGGUUGAUGGGAUUAUGGCUUCUCGUAUUUUCAUAAUAAUACUAAUAAAAAAGAAUAUUAUAUUUUUACGAAGCAGAGAAAAAAAUCCUAGUUUCAAUUUCUAAAUACUCGCUGAUCAUUUCCAUCAAUACGUAGUUUCACAAAUUUGAUGAAAGAAAAAAAACUUGGCUGAGACUUCGAUUUCGAAGGUGGCAUCCCCCCCCCCCCCCUUGCGAGAGCCAUCAAGCACCGCAAGCAGUCUUCAGGUCGGCUCAAGAUCACCACAAGCACAACCGCCUUACUUAAAGACUGACUGAACGACUCCACAACACGAGAAGGACUCCUGCGGGGGUGUUGUACUUCAUCUCUUUUUCGAAAGGUAUAAUGAUCUCCCCCUCCCCCCGCCGCCAUCUUUAACACUAUCAGUUGUCGGAUGUAAUUUAAUUAAUCUAGCUUAGAUCCGAGAUUAGAUAUCCAGACAGCUGACGGGUUAAUGUCUUCUGGUUUUCGAGAAAGUGUCGGGGCAGGCGGGCAGUGGACCUCGCGCGUAGGAUCGAGCCAAGGCCUGUGUUGUUGUGAUUCUCGACUCCAUCGGCAGAUGGGUGCCUUCACCUCAUUCAAAAUACAGAUGGUUUCUCUCAUGUGUAAGUCUUCAGCGUGGUCUCGUACCACCACAGGUCUGCUCUAGUCCCGUAUGCUAGUCUUCUAGUAUUUCAAGUAAAAGUGUAUUGUAGACAUGAAAUACAAAACCGGAUGAUGUGUGGUCAUUAUGGUUACUACGGCGACUCUUCCUCCUGUAGUAAAGACAAGGUGAAGGAGUACCACAUUGGUGAUUGCUUUGUUUAUAUUGUAAACCUGUAUACUUAAUUUCCCAUUGUAUCUAUGUAAAAUAUGUUGAGAAUAUGGAUAUUUUGUUGUAUAGAUUUAAAAAAGAAUUGUUUUCAUUGCGAUAAGGACAUUUUGUUUCAUAGUGGCAAUAUUUGUUAAGCCUCUUUAUAACGUGGUCACAAUAGGCGUCAGUAUUAUGCGAGAGGAUGCGAGCAAUCAUUCAAAUGCUGUGAUGUGAACACUAGGGUAAAUUUUGUCACUUUGAACCAUAUUAGACUACGUCUUAGAAUAGAUUCUUUUCAUAUGAAUCUUUAUAGAGUAAAGAUUCUCCUAUCAAUCAAAGUUUAAAAAAAAGACAUGUUGUUGUAGAGAUCUGUUCCGUACGUUUCCUUAAAGCAACAACGAAGACCCUAAGCCCGGACUCUGCACACAGGGAACAGGGACCCCCCAGACUCUGGUCACGUCUCCUGGAUCUGAGCAUUGGUCUGUCUUGCACGUGACUAAGAGAGAGCCUGAGUAUAUCUUUCAGCAGCUGUAUAACGAGGCCAUAUCAGUGGAUUCCACGUGUGACGUAAGACUCUUACCUGAUCGUCGACGGCGAGGGCCCGAGGUGGCAGGCAGCAGCGACGAAGACGCGCUGACCUCGCCGGGAUCAUGUUGACAGAAUGACACUGUGCAAUCUUCUAGGUAGUAUAAUGACGUAAUGCUUUCAGGGUGCUAUUAUUGAAGUAACAGUCAAUUGGUAUUUUAUCAUCUUGCUGAAAUUUUGAUAGAAGUCAUUAUAGUUGUUGGAAACAGUAGUUAAGAUGGAUAUAGAAACUAUUUUGUAAGUGUUAUAUAUAUAUUGCAAUACAUAUCAUGGAGUUAGAUGUUAGGAUAAUGGAGGCCAGUUGGGAAGGGCCGUCGGGACUUCGCAUGACUGGCACUCCAUAUUUUAUAGGGGAGGGGCUCACUGUGCCAAAGAUAUGCCAGGACGCACUUAGUAGCGACAAGAGUUAAAAUCAGAUACUACAACCAAAUCCCACCAGACGUGACGACAACUAUUGCAGAUGUCAACAUCUUCCCAGGAUCUGCUAAAGAAGUGAUCAAGAUGUCUUUUAUUCUUCAAACAACUCUGUCUUUCCAUAUAUGAUAGACCCUUGGAUGACACAGGUAGAUGUUGCCGUUAAACUUCCCGGUAUUGGAUAAUCAGACAAAUUAUCUGGCGUUUCUUUCUCGUAAAUCCUUGAGAAGGCAGUGAAAGCUCCUAGUGACUUACGCCUGCUAGGGGAGGAGGCGGCAGCACCUUGUACGACCAAGCAAGUGACUGAACUUUGGAGCUCAAGUGCUCCGACAACUGGACCUGACAACUUUCGACUAUGUACACUUUGCACUGCCGCUCAUGACUAGUGUAAUUACCAGUCGGCUAUCAAAAGUAUUCGCUCAAGUGUUGAUCAGGCCUCAAGUAUCGUGUAAGAGUUCGGGCCCAGCAUGGAAGAGACCUCUGCUUACUGAGGAAGAAGACGUUUAGAAGAUCGUUAAAGAUCGCCUUCGUUUUGUGUACAAAUCUCCCAAAUGAUCUGUGAAGACAUGGCUUUGUUGGUUGUUUAAAGGAUAACUUUAGAAUUAGGUACAUAUCAUCAAUCAUGUCUUUGUCUUAGAGUUGUGGUUUGAUCAGCUGUCUCGUACCUAGGAUUCUAUGUCACUAAGAGGAAUUUUCUCUGUGUUGUGAAUAGGAAAAUAAACCUUACUGGCUAUCCACCCUUGGCUCUAGACAGCUGGUUUGGUCGCAUUUAGUCUUAGCAUCUAUGUUCAUUUGGAAUUUGGACUGAUCCCCUUUUGUAGGUGUUAAGAGAUAAUGACAAUAACUUGAUGAGUUAAGGUUGUUCCUCAUCUCAGGUGACUGUUUAUGCAACGGAAGUACAAGUACGGUACGUGCAUAAUACACAAAUCUCUUGAAUGAGUGAACUACCUGUACUCAGUAUGAUGUUAUUUAGAAUUGUGAUUGACUCUGGAGUCUGUAGCCUCUUUUCACAUGAAGUUGACCGAGUUAUUCGUUCAAUCUUUCUUACUAGUCAUAGGAAUAUAUCAUCGAACUUUUCCCAGUGUGAUGAGAUCUCCAACUCUAGACCUUAUCAGGAUGUUAGGUGAGUUGAUUUUCCUAUUCAAAAAUAACACAGAGAAGAUGAACUUUAUUUUGCAGUGCAUUUAAGGUCUGGCGUUCUCCGAGCUCCUCACAGAUGGCUGUUGUCUUUUAUCAUGUAACCAGAUAGGACUAAUGGAUAGGGACAACUAAUUCCUUCUCUUAGUUAAUCCCUGUAGACGUGCUGUAGCGUUACAGCAUAGGGUAAUAUCAUCUAAGUUAAGCUAGUCUUUAGUACUGUAACUCAACAUUUUUACAUGACCACUUAUAUGAAAGGAAUUCGCAUAAAGGGGUUUCCUGUUUGAAACAUAAAAACUAAACGGUUAUGCACUGGGUAUAAACACAAGUGUGCUGGUCGUGGGGGUUUGGCAGUGAUAGCUAUCCUAUUCGUAAUGCUGUAGCAGCUGGCCUUGUGGAUGUGGAAGAGUAAGUGUGACCUUACUCAAACACUCCACUAGAUGGCUUUUGGUGAGGUGGCACAUUGAGAGUAAUGUUACCCUACGCUUUAGCAGAUCGCUUUAGAGGUGUGGCAAAAUCAAAUAUUGCCUUACACUUCACCAGAUGGCCUUGGACUCGUGGUGAAUUAAGUCUUACCAUUACUUUAUUCUCCACCAACUCUUUGCGAAGAUGUAAAAAAAAAAAAAAAAAAAAAAAAAACCUAUCCCUCACUACUUCAAGCUACUACUGUGGAGGUGACAGGCGGCCACAAGCUUACGUGCACUUCAGCAGUUGAUUACUGAGAUCUCGUGGUCCUUUAAAGACCUUAUCCUGCAGAUGAUGGAACCAGUAAGCCGUAGACAGUAGAGCCGUUGAGUGUGGUAGUGUGAAUCAAGCCACCUACACUUCGUCAGCCGAGUAAGGAGGCGAACUGAUGCCUGAGCACCUCACCAGCUAGGAGAAGGAGCAUGGAAGUGCCUCUCGACCAUCUCGCUCAGAUUCUUUUCAGCUAAACUAAACAAACAAAAUCAGAACUUCAUCUUUACAUUCAGUGUUUGGACGCUUAUGACUCAACGGAUGGAUCAAGUUUGUACCUCUUAGUAACCCCUUCAUUGUUAGGGUGGUUAGUACUGGAAGAACGACCCAACAUCUCAAUUAUGUAACCCACUGAUUCCUUGAAUAUAAUUUGAAUAGUUUUAUUUUGAUUUAGAUCGCUUGCGCAAGGUGGCAGUGCCUGUACCUUGUUACCCGCAUAUAGUUUGAGACGAAUAAUUAUCCUGUCUUCAGUGUUUGUCUCUUGUUUACUUUGUGAGUAUAAACAAUGCUUCGAUGAGAUCAUUAAUGUAAUUUCAUUUUUUCUCACACAUCGACUCAUUAACGAACUGUGUAUUUCUCUAUGACAAAUUCACCAGCCUUGGAAAGCUUUGUCGCCUAGUUUUUGCGUUAUCUGAUUCUGAAGUUAUUUGCUGGUUGGCUGGCUCCUAAAGUUCAGCACUCUUUGGUACUCUCAGCAAUAAAGUGGGAUGGUGAACUUGCUCCCUGCAAUACGAGGUGGGGUUCAAGUAGGCUCGUCAGACAGUAAUCAACCUUGUAUUUUCCCAGGAUAUAUGAGUACAUUUAAUGUUGUUUUGCAGAGUUUUGCAAUCAAAGUACCUUCCAUCAUGUGAAAUUACUUUUUGAUUUAACAUGGGAAGUCACAUUGGACCAGAGAUCUGUAUAUCCUAGUAAAGGGUACCAACACUGAUAGGUGGAUGUAUAUCCUAAUACUAAGGAACAUCCCUGAAUAACGAGUCUGCUUUGCCCUCAUGUGGAAGGAAGACCGGGAUUCAGAUCGCCCUUUUCUCCUAAAACGAAUCUACAGCACCGGGAAUCAGAUGUUGUGUAUCCUGGCAAGGGAAAUCCACACCUCAAUAUCAGAAAGCAACGCCAGAUGUACCUUACCUAUUAAUCAGUCAUUCUUGAGUUGAUUUGUAUUUAUUUUUUUGAGGGCAUUUAAAAAGAUAUAUAUUCUUAUUUUAUUUCUCUAAAUCUCGAGUUCCCCGAAGAAGGACGAUUUUUUUUAUAUAAACAGUAUAUAUCCUUUUAAAGUCGUUCUCUUCUAAAAUGUAAAUCUGAUUAAGUGGAAUUUAUUUUGAUCUGUAUCUUUUUAUUUGUGAACCUGUCAUUCAGGACCUAUUGUUGUUUGGCGGUGGUCAUAUUUAUAUACAGUACCGUGUUAAGUGUAUGUUAUUAUAAUGAAUGUUUUGUAACAGUUGGAAAGUAAAAAUUGUUACGACA